AUGAAGUGUAGAAAAGUUAAAGCUGUUCUAAGGUAUCACACGCCAAACAAAACAAAAGAACCCGAGUUAUAUUUCUACCAUUUGCUUAUGUUGUAUUUUCCAUGGCGAGAAGAAACACAACUUCUAAGUUCUGAUCAAACAUACACAUCUAAGUUUUAUGAACCUGACGUCCAAGCUGUCGUUGAACAAAAUAGGGCAGUAUUUGAACCUGAUGCUGAUGCAAUAACUGAGGCACUAGAAGCAAUGAGAAAUAAUGAAGGAAAUAUUGUUCACUCAUACGAUUCCAUAAAUGAUCAAGAAAAUUCAGAUCUCAGAGAUGAAACACCAAUUGUUUCAGAUGUUAACGAGUCCUUCAAUCAACAACAACCUUCACAUCUUGAUUCUACACAGUCAAAUCAGCAAUCAUCUGGGACAGUUACUUAUCAUAACCAACCAUCUGAAAUUUCUGAUGAUGAACUACGGCAGUCUGUUAGAUCCUUAAACCCAGAACAACGCUGUGCAUAUGAUAUUGUUCUCUCUUGGUGCAGAAAAUUGAUAAAAAACUUGAAUAGCUUAAAACCUGUUGACGUUAAACCAAUCUAUCUAUUUUAACCGGAGGUGGUGGUGCAGGCAAAAGCCACUUGAUUAAAACAAUAUAUCAUACAGCAGUAAAGACCUUUCGACAUCCUCCUUUUAACCCUGAGUUACCAACUGUUCUAUUAUUGGCACCAACAGGUGUGGCAGCGAUAAAUAUUGAUGGAACAACAGUUAAAACAGGGCUUGCCAUUCCAAAAGAAACUGGUGAUUACCUUCGUGGAAUGUCUGACCAGAAGAAAACACAGUACAGAAUCUCUUUAAAAGACCUAAAACUUAUAAUUAUAGACGAAAUCUCUAUGGUUGGAAAUAUAACACUACUGCAUACCCACCAACGAUUGAAAGAAAUUUUUGGUGUGUCAUCAACUGAUUUAUUUGCAGGCAUUAGUAUUAUAGCUGUGGGUGAUCUCUACCAGCUUCCUCCGAUUAAAAAGAAAGCAAUUUUUGAUGAUUACAAAAUAGAAACUAACAAUCUUUGUCAUCCAUGGAGAGUCUUUAAAAUGGUUGAACUUACCGAAAUCAUGAGACAAAAAAUGAUAAGGCAUUUACUGAACUUCUUAAUAGAAUUAGAACAGCUUCGCAUACAGAGGAUGAUAUUAAAGUUCUUCAGUCAAGACGUAUCACAUGACCUUCUGAUCCUAAUUAUCCCUCCGAUGCCCUUCACAUUUGGGCUGAAAAUGCACCUGUGAAUGAACAUAAUCAAACGAAACUAGAAACAAUUCAAGCACCACUAUUUCUUCUUAAAGCAAAAGAUCAGUAUCCAAAAAAUGUCAAUAAACAAGACAUUGAUAGAGUUUUAGCAAGAGGGCGUUCUGAAACAGGUGGACUUGAUUUUGAAAUUCAGAUAAAAAAAGGUGCCAGAAUAAUGCUCACUACAAAUAUCAAUAUCCAAGAUCGACUUAUCAAUGGCCAAAUGGGGACUGUAGUUAAAAUUCAGGUGAACGAAAGUAAUAAACCAACUAUCUUACAUAUAAAAUUUGAUGAUGAAAAUGCUGGGAAAACAUUGAUUAACAGUAGUGUCAACUCUUUUGCCAGAGAAAAUCAUCUUGUAUCUAUUGAACCUGUUUUAGCAAAAAUCGAAGAUAUGCCAGGUAAACCUUCUUCCCCGGAAUUUCAGAGAAUACAGUUUCCGAUUGCACUUUCAUGGGCAUGUACUGUUCAUAAAGUUCAAGGACUUACUCUUGAAAACGUCGUUGUUAGCUUAGAGUUGAAUAAACAAAGAUCUUUCAACUAUGGGCAAAUCAAUGUAGCCUUAAGCCGUGCUACGUCUUUACAAGGUUUACACAUACUUGGAGAAAUACAAAGUAAACAUAUAAAGGCAAAUCCCAAAGUUCAUGAAGAAUAUGAGAGACUUCGAAAUUCCUGCUUAAGAGCCUCGACUGAACAUGCACGAAUCAUGCAACACAUCAGUUCUAACCAUAUCACUUUUGAAUAUUAG